AUGGAUCUAUUCAUCCUCGCCUCUUCGCCCGUCAUAAAUGCCAUCCAGGCCGUGUUUGGUAUUCCUGACGAAGACGCCGCGUUGCCGCGUAUGAAUCAGCCUCAGAUGAGUGAUCCCCUACAGCUUUCCGGCGCUCACUCUCACCGUCAUCAGCUCACACAGCUUCCAGCGUCUCGCAAUGCUCAGCACGUUCCCUUCUUCAUAUCAUAA